AUAAACUGAGUUGGACUAGAUCAGAGUUGGACUGCACUGGGCUGGGUCAGGCUGGUCUGCUCAGAGCGCUAGUAUUAAAGUAAAAUAGGCAACAACAUGAGCUGAGCUGUCAGGGGGGAUUACUUCAGCCAGGCAAGCCAGCAGGGUCUCCUCCGCUCUACCGCUCCACCAGAGAGAGAGAGAAGGAGGGAGGGGUAGAGAGAGAGCGAGCGGGAGACAGCGGGGACGAGAGAACGUGUGUUUCUGUAGUGCGAACAGGAACGAGAGAGAGCAAGGAAUGAGACAGGGAGCAGAAAGCCGCCGCUUGUUGUGAAAUAGAAAAAGAGGGUGAACAUAAAAGGAGAGAUCGGAGGAGAGAAACAAAACCUGUUCGGAGCAGAGCAGAGAUGUUGGAGCUCUCGUCCGAGCUGGGCUUUGUGCAGAGUGUGUGUGUCGACGGCAUAUGCGGCCCCCCCUCUGCACCCCACCCCACCGCCGGAUCCAUGAGGGCCGACGAGCUGCUGCUGAGUAACGGCACGGCCGGGAAGAUGAACGGGGCAUUGGAGCAUUCGGACCAGCCUGACCCAGACGCCAUCAAGAUGUUCGUGGGCCAGAUCCCUCGCUCCUGGUCAGAGAAGGAACUGAAGGAGCUGUUUGAGCCCUACGGGGCUGUCUAUCAGAUCAACAUCCUCCGAGACCGCAGCCAGAACCCUCCACAGAGCAAAGGGUGCUGUUUUGUCACGUUUUACACACGGAAAGCCGCCCUUGAAGCCCAGAACGCACUGCAUAACAUAAAGACCUUAACAGGGAUGCACCACCCCAUUCAGAUGAAGCCUGCAGACAGUGAGAAAUCAAACGCGGUGGAGGACCGGAAACUGUUCAUCGGCAUGGUGUCUAAGAAGUGCAACGAGAACGACAUCCGAGUCAUGUUCUCUGCGUUCGGACAGAUCGAGGAGUGCCGGAUCCUGCGAGGGCCCGACGGACUCAGCAGAGGCCUCAGCCAGAGGGAAGCCAACGUUAAGGGAUGUGCGUUUGUCACGUUUUCUACCAGGGCUAUGGCACAGAAUGCAAUCAAAGCCAUGCACCAGUCUCAGACUAUGGAGGGCUGCUCGUCUCCCAUCGUGGUGAAGUUUGCAGACACGCAGAAGGACAAGGAGCAGCGGCGCCUGCAGCAGCAGCUGGCUCAGCAAAUGCAGCAGCUCAACAAUGCCACCACCUGGGGGAGUCUGACGGGGCUGGGCGGCCUCACCCCGCAGUAUCUGGCUGUAAGAGGACACGCCGCGUCGCCCACCCCUUACUGCAGCCCCGCAGCCAACGCAUCCAUCACCGCCGCAUUGCUUCAGCAGGCCACCUCCUCCAGUAACCUGGGAGCCUUCAGUGGGAUCCAACAGAUGGCAGGUAUGAGUGCUCUGCAGUUGCAGAACCUGGCCGCUUUAGCAGCAGCGGCGGCGGCGGCCCAAAACUCAGCCAGCCCCAACGCAAACCCCCUGUCCUCCAACGCAGCCUCCCUCGGAGCGCUGGCCAGCCCAGCGGGCACCACAGCCAACUCCUCGGGCAUGAACUCUCUGACCUCUCUGGGCACUCUGCAGGGCCUCGCUGGCGCCACCAUGGGGCUGAACAACAUUAAUGCACUAGCAGGUAGCGUCAACAUUGCUCAAAUGCUCUCAGGUAUGGCAGCCCUAAACGGAGGCCUGGGCGGCGCGGGGCUGACCAACGGCACGGCGGGCACCAUGGACGCGCUCACACAAGCCUACUCAGGGAUCCAGCAGUAUGCAGCUGCAGCCCUGCCCACCCUCUACAGCCAGUCCCUGCUGCAGCAGCAAGGGCCAGAAGGUGCCAACCUGUUCAUCUACCACCUGCCCCAGGAGUUUGGAGACCAGGACAUCCUGCAGAUGUUCAUGCCUUUUGGAAACGUGGUCUCUGCCAAAGUCUUCAUUGACAAACAGACAAACCUGAGCAAGUGCUUCGGCUUCGUCAGCUAUGACAAUCCCGUGUCGGCGCAGGCAGCAAUCCAGGCCAUGAAUGGCUUCCAGAUCGGCAUGAAGAGGCUGAAGGUGCAGCUCAAGCGCUCCAAGAACGACAGCAAACCAUACUGAUCUUAGCUGUAGGGCCUAUCUGCUCCCAUGUUACCACUGCUAGGAACCCAUCUCCAUGCCUGUUAGCUCAUCGUUUUCCUAGCAUGUCUCUGUGGCGUGGCGUCCAAAAAACAAAAAACAAACAAAAAAGUCUCAUCGUCCCGUCAUUGUUUUCUGAUGUCUUUUCUGAGCUCACCUGAUCAUAACCUGGUCUCCGCCUACUGACCUUUUGAACUUAGCUUGACCUUUUUGGACUUUUUUUGCAUGUGACCUCAUUUUGUUCUAUUUUGGGGAGGUGGGGUGGAUGGGGGUACAUUGUGGAUGAAGGAGGGGAGGGAGGGAGAAGGGAGGGGGUGAGCGAAUCAAUGUGAAAAAGUAUAGCAUCAUUCAUACAAAAAGACUGAACUCUUACAGACAAAAACAAAACGUUUCUUUUUAAAAACAGAAAAACCCUGUGGCAAAAUUAUUUCCAUUAGAUUUACUUAGUUUUGUUUAGUUUCCUUCUUUUAUGUUGGGUUUACUUUUUGUUCCUUUUUUCAUUUAAAGUAAACUUGAAAGUUCAGCACAGGGAUUGGCAUGCUGUCUUGUUUCUGGCUCCACUAGCAAUAUGAGGCCAGAAGCGGACACUGUCGGUUUCGAUGAAAAAUAGACUACUUCCAAACAGUUUUGAAUAAAAACUGUCUGAUCAAUAUUAGACUCUCUCAGAGCUCUGUAAUUGUUUUUACAUUUUUCAGGCAGUGUAAAGUUUUUUGAUAAGGCCAUUUUAAGUGGCUCUGUUUCUCAUUAAAGUAUAUAUAGAACCACUUUUUUCUAGAGUAGUUUAAGGUAUUACAAAAAUGUAAACAAAAAAAAGACUUGCCCUGUUUGGGGGGGAGAAAUGCUACCUACGUGUCACCUUUUGCUGAACUGACUCACAGAUAGACAAUCCGUGGUUUAAAUGCACAUGAUGAAGAAAUGACCUAUAUUUUCUACUGUUUAAAUGUAUAGAGCGAAAAAAAAAGAAAAUACAUGUAACCCACGUUAACGUUGGUGCUUCUUGUGAGUUUAGUUUUGGUUUCAUUACAAGUCUGACAGUCUUAAGUGUCUCAUGUUUUUAAAGAGAAGACUAAAAAAAUCUGUUUACUUGAACAAUAGACAAAGCCUUUCAUAUGAAUACUAUUAUAAAUGUUCCUUUUGUCUUUUUUUUAAGUAGUCCCAAUUUGCAAAAUUUCUUGUUGGGUAAUAAGCUAUAUAAAAUUCCUAAAAGGUGUAUAUAUAUAUAUAUAUAUAUAUAUAUAUAUAUAUAAAAACAUGUCGGCUUGUGAAGCAUCAAUGUUAUUAUAAUUUUAUUUCUAUCGUGGGAAACAAUAUUUAGAUGUGUUUUGUUGUUCAUUAUAAUGUGAUUUUCUUUACUUAUAAAGAAAAAAAGACAAGAUCGGUGGAGUUUAGUGCCAAAUUCUGAAGGUACAUCCUGUCUAUAGCGCGUCAGUGUAUUUCUUGUGAAAUUAUUUGAUAACAUGGGUAUUUUAUUAAGUGUUUUGUAUGGAUCCCUCAUAUGUAAAAAUAUAGAUUUAAAAAAUAGUUUGUUAACUUGCUAUUCUGUGGUCUUGUUGCCUGAAACUGUCAAUGUUUUGCUUUUUUUGUAAAGAUGUAAAAAGUGCCCAUGUGUCAUACAUAUAUAUAUAUAUAUAUAUAUAUAAAUUAUAUAUACACACACUCGCACGUACACACACACACACACUCAUGCAGACCUCACAGUUAACUUUACUUUGUUGUUGUGUAUGAGAGCCCCUGAGUGUGAGAUCCUCUACAGUCCAGUUUCCAUGUCCCUGCCCACCAGUCUUUACAUUACUGUUCACACGCUCUCUCUCACAAACGUCACUCGCACACACAGUUCUCACAUGAGCCAUUAUACAAAGCAUUCUUCAAAGCCUUAUCACAAGCCUUUACACGAAAACACUCACAUGAACACACUCACAUUCUCAUACACAAACACUCUCGCUUCAUCCGUGCUCUUUGUUUCUUACUCACGCCAUAGGAGUUCCGUUUUCAGUUGAGAGUCACAUUUAAAGCCUUAUUUGAAGCUUCAUCUCUCUCAUUAUAACCUAAAUCAAGGACACAUUUUUAGUUGAAGUUGCUACAGACUGGGAGGGGGCAUCGUUAUUUGUUGGUCAUGUUUGUUUCACCUCAAACGGCAUGAAUGCAUUGCUUUCAUGAGGUAAGCGAAGGGCAAGAUUUUCACACACAAGCCUCAAACCCUGCCCAGACCCAGACUAAACAACGUUGAUAGUACAGAAUGAUUUUCAGCGGUUUGGUUUUGUUGUUUCUUCAGUUGACAGUUUCUGAUGGACAUGUACCAGUAUUGAUAAUUACACCAUUAUUACAUAAAUAUGUUUGCCCUAAUGUAAAUGUUGUGUAAUGUAGUCUAACUGGCCAAAACAGUGUUGAGAUGCCAAAGUAUUAUGUCAAGAUUCUCAUAGUCAAUCCGUUUACAUGACACAAUGCUGUCUGUCCGUCAGUCUCAGUAUUCUGUAAAACUGCCCCGACUCCCUUCCCUGGAAACCUAGUUUACGGUCUGCAAAACGCAGCACUAUUUUAUACAAAAACUCACCAGUCGCCUUAACCAGGGAGUGUUGUAUCGAAAGACUUGUCUAAUAGGAUCUAACAUCUGUAUGUAAGUAGGUGGUGUUUGCCAAGUCUAAGUGUACUGUAUUGUACUGUACCUCCAGCUUCUCCAACUCUGGGUAAGCAUGUCACCAUUUUGUCCCACAACACAGAGUAGAGAAGCAAAAUGGCCGUCUUCUUCUUUAGUGUGGCUCUCAAACUGAAAACCAAGGGAAAAUAAAUAAGUUAUUGUUAUCCGUUUCAUCGCCUUUUUUACAGAGUAACAAGGUUCAUUUGAAAUACCGAGCCAAAUGGAGGAGUGUUAGUAAAGUGCAGAUGGGAAAUAAAAUUAGAUGAAAGAGUAGCUAUCUUCUUCAGUUUUUAGACAGCAAAACAACAGUCUCAGCUAAGAGGCAGAGCCUUUACCAUGUCAAAUGACCAAGUCAAUGCCAAACUUCAGUUGAGUACAUAGCAUAUCAAAUUGAGUACGCUUACAGACAUUUGCUAAAGCAGUAAGCAUGAGUAGUGCCAUAAAAACAGCUAUAACUACCUGCAUAAAAGUAAUCAGGAUUGCCAAUAUGUCAUACUACACAUAUCAGUGUUAAUAGACCAUUUUGUCAUUAACGUGCGCUGAUUGUAGUCUCCUUAUAAGACAGCUGCCGUAUUAGGCCUAAGACCUUUCAGGAAUCCUCUCUCUGAGGAACAUGUUUGCACUCUAAAUACAUUAGGUAACAUAAACAGACAACUUAUUUACAUCAACUCACGGUACAGCAUAAUGUGUUGUGGGCGUAGAGACUUUAGUUUUUCUGUUUGUUUUCAGUUCAUCGCUUAGCCAACUACUUAUGCUUUGGGAGACGGUAAUGUAUGGACAUUUGUGUGUUUUUACAGAACUUAAGCAUCCCCAAUUCCCAAAUCUCUGACUCACACAUACACACACACAGCGGGCUGGCGCAGUGUAGUCUGAUUGAAGUUGCAGUCUGUUAGAUGUUUCUGAAAAAGCACAAGAGGGUCCUCCACAGACAGACCGUUAGACAGGAGUGUCUGUUGAGUGCCUCACAUCUCAGGGGCUGUCAUCACCGAUGCUUGUUGUAAUCUUUCAAUCUUGUCACUGUUCAGUUCUCUGUUCUCUUUCUUUCUUACUUAUCUGAAGUGCUAUUUAUCAAACAAUGACAUUUUAAAGAAAAAGAAAAAAAAAAUGUGUAGUUUCUUUGCAUUUUGGCUUAUUAUGUCAAGUUUUGGGGGGAAAUGUUUGUUUUCUCUCUCUCUUUCUGUGCCGUAAGAGCGUGUUGUCUGUAGAUUAAUAUCAUUUUGUUUGAUUCUAAAGGAUUUCAAUAGUUUUAAGUAUUGUCUUGAGAGAAGCCAAAGUCAAUGCAUUUCAGUGGAUUCUGUAAGCGUGAUGUAUGUUUGUUUGACAACACUUCGAAAUCUGUCAUUGGAUGGGAUUGGAAAAGUACAAAAAAUGCAGGCUUUCCUAUUUCUACAAAUGAUUGUACUUAUGCAUUUUGUACCAGUGAAACUUUUUAUACUGGAGAUUAAAGGAAACAACAAAAAAACUCUUAGAAAAACAAACCUGUCUGGCCUCAUGAUGUGGCCUGACCUUUGUUGACUGGUUCCCGAGUAUGAUUUCUAGCUGGCAUCAAGAAAGUUGUCUUUUGAUAUACGAUUUUCUAGAAGAACGUUGGCUUGGUUUCUUUAAUUAAUUAACGUAUUAUUUUGCCUUACUUCAGUGUUGUUCUUUUCGCAAAGAGGGGUUAGGCGAGUGUUGGUUUCUUUUUGGCUUAUAAAUAGCUAUAGCCGUUUCUCUAUACAUAAAAACGGUAAGUUUCAUUUAACUUCUGUAUUGUGACGUCUACAUGAUAAAACAAUUAGGAAUAUAAAUAUUUAGUCACCUUCAGUGGAUUAAUGUAUUAGUUUAAUAAAGAGAUAAACUAAUUAGAGGUUUUUGCUUUUAACUGUUUAGAUUUUUCUGGUUUCUCUGUCCUCUGUGAACUAACCGUGUAGCUGAAGCAGUCAGAAUUAUUUUUGUAAACGUAUGUUCUUGUGUGAUGCAGUUAUUUGCUUCUGUCUCCGAUAUUAAACCAUUUUUCCUAAUA